CGUUCAAUAAUUCUGUCCAAAGACCUCGUGCGAUUUUGAUAACCUCCACAUCGGUUACAGCUCGAACUCGUGUUUGCCGGCAACUUCUCGAAAGUUCCACCCCAAUAUAUUUAUAUCCACUUAUUGUAAAACCGACUAAAGCACAAAAAUGUCUGGUGCCGCCAAACGUCUCAUCCCCCUGUUCGACCGUGUCCUCAUCAAAAAGGCGGAAGUUGUAACCAAAACUAAGGGAGGAAUUGUCAUCCCUGAGAAAGCUCAAGCAAAGGUAUUGAAAGGCACUGUGGUGGCAGUGGGACCCGGAUCUCGAAAUACCAACGGUGAACACGUCCCAUUGACUGUGAAGGUCGGGGAUGAUGUACUUCUUCCAGAGUACGGUGGCACCAAAGUUGAACUCGAAGAAAAUCAGGAGUACCACCUCUUCAGAGAAUCUGAUAUUUUGGCAAAGUUGUCCAUUUAAAAAGACUUUUGUAUUUUUAUAAUUCCGUUACAUUCUCUGUGAGAACCCGUCCCGUAAUAGCCAAGUUAUCAGUAGGCUCGAUUUUGCUACUUUAUGAUCUGUGAUAACUUGCUAUUACGGGCCCAACAUCAGCAACGUUGGUCAUGUUAUUGCUGAAAGUGUGGUUGUUUUGGUAGUCUGUUAGGUAGGUUACAU